GGAGGAGGAGCAGUACGAAUGAAAGAGGACGAGUGAAGCAGGGAGACAUUUUUUCUACGCCUAUUUACCUGCGUGAUUUAACGCUGUGUUCAGCAAUGAGGCCAUUAACACACUCUAGGAUUUUUUGAACACACACACACACACACACACACACACACACACACUCACCAUGAUGAAGAAGGGUGGUCUGAACUUCCUGAGCAGGAGGAACCAGUCUCUGUUUGACACCAAUGUCCAGAUGAAAGACAUCGACAGUGUGGAGUUUGUAUAUGAUGCAGUGGUGAUCCCAGAGUCAGGCACAGCUAAAGUCCGCUCCAGACCCACCGUCAAACACUUCAGCACUUUUGGAGAAGGAGCUGGACUUGCAGUUCCAACUCCAACAGUUCCUGUUCUGCCUUCUGUCAGCGCACCCCAAAUAAGCCCCACAGGUAAUACAGAGUGUGUGUCGAAUGGAGGUGCCAUCUCAGUGGAUGACCUUGAAGAACAGAUUCUGAUCCCUCCUCCUCCCUCCACUGCACCUCCACCACCACCUCCCCAGUUCAUCCCUCCCUCACCUGGUCAUGUCACUCCUCCAUCAGAGUUUUUUGGGGAACCGUAUUCACCUAUAGACUUGUCUACUCUGGAGCCACCCUCCAUGCCACCUCCCAAGCCACCUUCAAUAGGAACGCCAGAUGAUAUAGACCUGUCUGUGUUAAGGCCUCCACCGAUGGCUCCCCCAAAACCCCCAAGUUAUCACAUCUCUACAAAUUCACUUGAGUACAUCCCAAAGUGCCCCAAUUUUACCCCUCCACUGCCCCCAAUGGAGAAACUCCAGUCCCCCAUAACUAGUGUCCAGAAGAUGCCUCCUCACAAGCCCAUCAGGUUCUCAUCUAUCUCCAACUCUGAGUUGCCUUCAUCUGGAUCUACUAUCCCAACUUCUACAUUCUCAGGAAGGCCAGCUUCCAGCUUUAACUCUGAAAACACUGGCAAACUUUACACUGUACCAAAAACAACGAUUCCCACUGGUCAAUCAGAUAAAGUGAUACAACACACCCUGCCCCUGGAGAACUCCUCCAAUUACCCAGCUGGAGUUCAUGUCAACGGGAAAGCACCAACUUCUGAAAAGGAAAUGAGCACACCCCAAAACCUGGUGCCCCCAGUUAAGCCAGUGCGUCGCAACAGUUCAGGAACCAAGCUGGAGGAAAAUCUACAGGACUUGAAGGAGAACAUUCAGGAUAUGCCACCCAACCAACCAGCAACCCCAGUCAGGGUUGUCCACAGCAAGGCUGCAAAUGUAAACACACCACCAGCUGUCCCAAAGAAGAUCCCAACUUCAGUCAAAGGUUCUCCCACAGCAGAAAGGACAACAGCAGUGCUGUCAGCUCAAGACAUAAUUCACUUGACGCCUGUGGACCCAACACGAAAAUAUAGCCCUUUACUGAACCGCAAGCUGCAGAACCUGAAAACCAAUGAGCCUUCUAGCGGGAAGGAGACAGCUGCUUCUCCACUUGCCCUGCUGAUGGCAGCUAAACAGCGAGAGAAGCAGAGAGGAGCCUUUUCCAGAGAAAACAGCAACAGCUCCACAGAUUCCACCAAUGGGAGCAUCCAUCUGAGCGACACCAGACCCAACUCAUUCACUGUUACCCCAAGAUCACUGAUGUCCUCAGGAAGUGUCAGUCCCUCCAUGGAGCCCAAACCCAACACUGAGAACCCAAAGGUUACUUACUCCAGACCUCAACCCUCUGUACCCUCCAGCAACAUUCUGAGUAAAAACCCUACAAGUAUUGCAUCCCCAACAUCUCCAUCUGGGCAGUACAAUGGCAUUGACACCAUUGUCUUCAUCCCUCCACCACCUGAGUUUGCUAACUCUGACCCAGAAGAUGAAGCCCCACCCAGCAUGCCUCAAUCUGACCCACCUACAAAGAGACCAGAUGUAAUUCCACGUCUAAACUCUGCCUCCAUCACAAAUGGCCCUAAAAGUAUUAAUUCAAACAGCAACACCACACCAAUUAAUGCUGUUCCUAGCAAACCAAAACCCCAGGCUCCACCCCCAUCUCUACCCAAAACUCAGCUCCGUGCCCCACCCCCAUCUCAACCUAAAACUCAGCCCCAAGCUCCACCUGCAUCUCUACCAAAAACUCAGCUCCAAGCUCCACCCCCAUCUCUACCUAAAACUCAGUCCCAUGCUCCACCCCCAUCUCGACCUAAAACUCAGUCCCAUGCUCCACCCCCAUCUUUACCCAAAACUCAGUCCCAAGCUCCUCCCUCUGCCGCUGCCAGUCAGGCCACACUGCUCAGCAUCCUGCAGAAGAAGAUGCUGGAAAUGGAUCCCAAACUCACUCCGGCCUGUGAAGCAGACACCGACAGCGAUGACUGGAACAUUCCUCUGUUUGAUGAGGAUCUUGGAGGUGGUCCUUCCAUAAACUCCACCCCCAAACCCAAGAGCUCCACUUCAACUGCACAGUCUACAGGUCUGGACAUGAAAGAACUUGAGAACAAAGUGACCAAGAAAUCACAAGCCAAAGCACCAACCAGCAGCGGUUCUUCAAAACAGCAGUUUGGGAUGACGUUCAUGGUGAGGCCUGGAACCAAACAGCCCAUCACCCCUGUCCCCAAAACCGAGUGACCACACACACAGCUCUGCAUAAAGAAGUUGUAAAGGAAAAGAUGUUACAGUACAUAUGUUGAACAGGUGACACACAGCAGCAGUUUUUCUGCAUGUUGAUUCACCUGAAACUGCUUAAUUUUACAAAGCCUGUGUGUGUGUGUGUGUGCGCGCGCGCGUAUGCAUGCUACGGCCCAACCUGGAUUUAUACUGUGUAGGACACACAUUCAACUGAUAUCUAUGUGUAAACAACACACACACACACACGCACUCUCUCUCUUUCAACAUGGACACUCUGUUGAAGGAAAUUUUGUUUCAUGUUUGUAAUUUUUAAAAGUUAUGUUGAUCAUCAAACUUUCAGCUGCAGGAGAGAAACAGACAAAAACAUCGGACAGGAAAACAUUGAUGUUAAACACUGCAGCAUGGACUGGUGUAUUUUAAUGGACUUUAGUUCUCUCUCUCUCUCACACACACUGCAGGAAGGCCUAUUUUGGCCUGAGGAACUGAUUUAGAAUAAACACGUUUCUCUGGGGCGGCAUGGUGGUGUAGUGGUUAGCGCUGUCGCCUCACAGCAAGAAGGUUCUGGGUUCGAGCCCCGGGGCCGGCGAGGGCCUUUCUGUGCGGAGUUUGCAUGUUCUCCCCGUGUCCGCGUGGGUUUCCUCCGGGUGCUCCGGUUUCCCCCACAGUCCAAAGACAUGCAGGUUAGGUUAACUGGUGACUCUAAAUUGAGCGUAGGUGUGAGUGUGAGUGUGAAUGGUUGUCUGUGUCUAUGUGUCAGCCCUGUGAUGACCUGGCGACUUGUCCAGGGUGAACCCCGCCUUUCACCCGUAGUCAGCUGGGAUAGGAUCCAGCCCGCAACCCUGCACAGGAUAAGCGGCUACAGAUAAUGGAUGGAUAUUUCUUUGUUUUUUCCUGUCAGAGUGAUCCCAAACAGUGUCCCAAACACUGUUGUCUGAUGCUCACACUCACUGUCUUUAUGAACAUCAUCAAAUAAACAUCAAGAAGUCUUGCUGGAGCAGUGCGUGUGUUAGCAUUAGGAACAGAAUCUUUAACCCAGUCUCCAUUCUGAUCAGCGCAGCGCUGAGGCUGCAGUGGGAUGAAAUGUACAAACUGAUGAUUAUCUGGAUGUUAAACUUUUAGUGCCUCAAACUCACAGGAUGCGACACUGUACACUUCUGCUUGUGUGAUUAUAAAAGUCUGAGUUUUGUUUUAUUAAUGAAAUGCUGUGUUAUUAAAGUGUGAUAUGCUGUAUGUGUGUAAAACUUUGUAAUUGUGGAUUUGACAUGAUUAAGGAUUCUGUUCUUUAAAGCUGUUAUUCUUGUUACCAUGACAACAAACCCAAAGAGGUUGCUUCAACAAGACACAAUUAGAUCAUAUACAGUGGGGCAAAAAAGUAUUUAGUCAGCCACCAAUUGUGCAAGUUCUCCCACUUAAAAAGAUGAGAGAGGCCUGUAAUUUUCAUCAUAGGUCCACUUCAACUAUGAGAGACAGAAUGGAGGGAAAGAAUCCAGGAAAUCACAUUGUAGGAUUUUUAAUGAAUUAAUUGGUAAAUUCCUCGGUAAAAUAAGUAUUUGGUCGCCUACAAACAAGCAAGAUUUCUGGCUCUCACAGACCUGUAACAACUUCUUUAAGAGGCUCCUCUGUCCUCCACUCGUUACCUGUAUUAAUGGCACCUGUUUGAACUCGUUAUCAGUAUAAAAGACACCUGUCCACAACCUCAAACAGUCACACUCCAAACUCCACUAUGGCCAAGACCAAAGAGCUGUCAAAGGACACCAGAAACAAAAUUGUAGACCUGCACCAGGCUGGGAAGACUGAAUCUGCAAUAGGUAAGCAGCUUGGUGUGAAGAACUCAACUGUGGGAGCAAUUAUUAGAAAAUGGAAGACAUACAAGACCACUGAUAAUCUCCCUCGAUCUGGGGCUCCACGCAAGAUCUCACCCCGUGGGAUCAAAAUGAUCACAAGAACGGUGAGCAAAAAACCCAGAACCACACGGGGGGACCUAGUGAAUGACCUGCAGAGAGCUGGGACCAAAGUGACAAAGGCUACCAUCAGUAACACACUACGCCGCCAGGGACUCAAAUCCUGCAGUGCCAGACGUGUCCCCCUGCUUAAGCCAGUACAUGUCCAGGCCUGUCUGAAGUUUGCUAGAGAGCAUUUGGAUGAUCCAGAAGAGGACUGGGAGAAUGUCAUAUGGUCAGAUGAAACCAAAAUAAAACUUUUUGGUAAAAACUCAACUUGUGUUUGGAGGAGAAAGAAUGCUGAGUUGCAGCCAAAGAACACCAUACCUACUGUGAAGCAUGGGGGUGGAAACAUCAUGCUUUGGGGCUGUUUUUCUGCAAAGGGACCAGGACGACUGAUCCGUAUAAAGGAAAGAAUGAAUGGGGCCAUGUAUCGUGAGAUUUUGAGUGAAAACCUCCUUCCAUCAGCAAGGGCAUUGAGGAUGAAACGUGGCUGGGUCUUUCAGCAUGACAAUGAUCCCAAACACACCGCCCGGGCAACGAAGGAGUGGCUUCGUAAGAAGCAUUUCAAGGUCCUGGAGUGGCCUAGCCAGUCUCCAGAUCUCAACCCCAUAGAAAAUCUUUGGAGGGAGUUGAAAGUCUGUGUUGCCCAGCAACAGCCCCAAAACAUCACUGCUCUAGAGGAGAUCUGCAUGGAGGAAUGGGCCAAAAUACCAGCAACAGUGUGUGAAAACCUUGUGAAGACUUACAGAAAACGUUUGACCUCUGUCAUUGCCAACAAAGGGUAUAUAACAAAGUAUUGAGAUGAACUUUUGUUAUUGACCAAAUACUUAUUUUCCACCAUAAUUUGCAAAUUUGCAAAUUAUUAAAAAUCAGACAAUGUGAUUUCCUGGAUUCUUUCCCCCCAUUCUGUCUCUCAUAGUUGAAGUGUAGCUAUGAUGAAAAUUACAGGCCUCUCUCAUCUUUUUAAGUGGGAGAACUUGCACAAUUGGUGACUGACUAAAUACUUUUUUGCCCCGCUGUAUCUGGAAGUGUUUUAUAAACACACACACACACACACUUCACUCAAACUCACACCGGUUUGUGUAAAUUCUGUGAAACCAGUUAAAAUGCCAUGACCUUGUCUAAUUUUUUACUUCGCUGUUGGAUUUUUUUUAAAUCAAACUUUCUCAAAUCUGAUCUCUAACAGUGAAAUCAGACACACUGUAGUGUUCAGUAACAUAAUUACCCAAAUCUGAGUGCUUAAUGUAUUUAAAUAAAUUAAAAUGUAAAUAAAUGUCAGUUUAAAAAAA